UGCAGAAAACACGGGCAAAUUGGCUGCGAGGUCUUAGAGUGAGUGUCCUACUUAAUCAGGUUCACGCUGAGAGGAUUGGGUCAGUCUCGUGUUGUUGGAGAGCAGCGGUCAACCAUGGACGCUCUGUUUUGGCUGGACAAUUGGAACAAGGAUCUUCAUGUGCCGCCCGGAGACAGUGACAGCUCUGUGGACAUGGACCGACUGAACAGGAACAUGCCUGAAUAUGGACUCGGCCGACACCAGACCCUCCAGAGCACACCUUUGGAUCUUAUCGACACGGGAAAGGGGUUGAAGUUCCAAGCGGAGCGCCCUCAUCUGGUCAGUUUGGGAAGUGGACGCUUGAGCACGGCCAUCACUCUGCUGCCGCUGCCUGAAGGUCGGACGACGCUAGGUCAUGGUCCGAUGGAUAUCGCCAUCCAGGGGCCAGGGGUGGCAGCGCAGCACUGCUUCAUCGAGAACAGAUCCGGUGUGAUCACUCUGCACCCCUGUGGAAACCUCUGCUCUGUGGACGGGCUGCAGGUCAAACAGCCCGUACGACUGUCCCAAGGCUGCAUGCUGUGUUUUGGCCAGUCCGCCUUCUUCCGCUUCAACCACCCUGAAGAAGCCUUUAGGAUGAAGAGCAUGAUGCCGCAGGGAGGCAGCAUCCCGACUGGAGACUACGGACUAUGCGCAGACACGGAGAGCCUGGUCAAUGGGAAUCACCACUCCAGCCCGGCCCAGUCCCCUCCGGCUCCUGGAGACAAAGUUCAGUCCGAACACAGUAAAAUUGUCAGCUCCAUUGAGAAGGACCUUCAGGACAUCAUGGACUCCUUAGUCAUGGAUGACCCUCAGCCCUCGUCGUCCGACUCCAAAAGGCUCCCCGCGGGCUCGUCUCACUCCCCCCUCUCUCCCAUGGUCAACGGAGGGGGGCGGUACCUGCUGUCUCCCCCCACCAGCCCGGGAGCCAUGUCUGUAGGGUCCAGCUACGAGAACACCUCUCCCCCAUUCUCCCCCUUGUCGUCUCCCUCAGCGGCCAGCAGCGGGAGCUUCACCAGCCCCUCCCCAAUCGGUGGACCAUCUGACCAGACCGCCUCCCUGCCACCUGUGCCUGUACGCUCCUCCAGCUACAACUUCACCUCCCAAGCUCCGCCCAUCCCGCAACCACGGACCAUACUCAAUUUCAGCAGCAGCAACGUCGCAGCGGUGAGUCAGAAGGUCCAGGAAAGCCCGAGGUUGCAGAGAAAGCUGCUGACAGAGACCCCUCCUAGUCCAAAAUCAACCAGAAGAGGACUGAGUCUGGAUGGUAGCGAUAGUCCACGUCACACGCCCGUUUUGUCGCCUGAAGACUCUCUCAAUGGUCGCAACGUUGUGCCAAGUAGCCCUAGACUUAUGCCCAAAUUUUCUACUUGUCCAUCUCCAUCUCACCCUAGGACCAAGACCACCACAGUGCUUCAAGAAAGACCCGCUAGCCCUUUCCGGGAGCAGACUAGCUUGGCCGAUCGCUCGCUCACCUCAAGCCCGUCAAGGCAACUUUCUCAAUCCACAAGAGCCUUCCAACCGCCGCUAGAUCCUAUUGUCCACAUCAUCCAGGGUGGACCUUUACAACAACGAACGCUACAGCCGCCCGAAAGCCCUCGCGUAGCUCGGAGAAACAUGGAAGUGAACGGUGGUAGUACUUCAGGUUUAAGUAUGAGAGAUUUGCCUCCGCUUAGCCCAUCUAUGGCGAGGAGAGGGGUGCCGGUACUUCCAGGAGCGCUACCAGGAACCUCCCCGAUACUAAAGACUCCAGAUAGUCCGUCGUGUUUAAGCAAGCUAGUUCCUGAAAGCCCAAGACUGCGCCGCAAAACUGCAACGACACCAGACGAGAUAUUAACCAGCAAAGGGAUGCGAGCACGUAGUCCGUCUCCGACUUUAAUGAUGGAGGGUAGCGGUAGUUCUAGAAAAGCGGGUUUGGGGAGUUCGCUGACACCCGCUUACAGUCUGGGGUCGCUGCCGGGGUCGUCUCCAGCGGCCAGUCCCAGGACGCACAGGAAGAUGUCGGCGUCGGGACGUCCUCAUCCGGGAAUGAGGGAGAGGAAGAACAGUAUCACGGAGAUCAGUGACAAUGAGGAUGAGCUGUUGGAAUAUCAUCGCAGGCAACGAGAGGAGCGGCUGAGAGAGCAGGAGAUGGAGAGGCUGGAAAGACAGCGAUUAGAGACCAUCCUAAACCUGUGCGCGGAGUACAACAAAGGAGACGGCCCGGAUCCCCUAAACUCCGGCAGGUUUCCCGGGGGACUGUCAGAGGGGACAUGUGGGAGGCCCGCCGUAGACAUUUUGGGGGGGACACCGUCUUCAUCCACUCUGCGUUUGGCCCAGAGACAAAGAGAGAGUGAUGAGGAGAACCUGAAGGAGGAGUGCAGCAGUACCGAGAGCACCCAUCAGGAGGUGAGGACGUCCCCCGGGUCCAGCGCAGGCUCUGCUCUGCACAAUGGAGACAGACAGCAUGAGGAUUCGCCGGGCUCUAGUCGCCUGGAGCUCGGGUACCUGGAGGAGGAGCGGGUGCGUGUCCUGUCCCGGAUCGAUGAGCUGAAAACACGACUGACUGAACUGGAACAGCAGCUACAGGAGUCCAAACAAGAGGCAGAGAUGGAGCGUGCCUUGCUUCAGGGCGAGAGACAGGCAGAACUCGACCAAAUUGAGGCUGAAUCAGACAUCAUCACACAGCUCCAAAACAAGAUGGACGAACUGGAGAGCGCCAUUCAGAGGGAGAAAGACAAGGAGAGGGCUAAGGUUGAGGCUGAGCGGCAGGCCCUGCAGAGCCUCCAGGAGGGCUACGCGGAGCUCAAGAACCAGCUUCAUAACUGCCCCGAGUCCCUGCGCGAACAGUUGCAGGAACAGCUCAAAAGGGAUGGAGAAGCGCUGGAGGCAGGAACCAAAAAGUUUGAGGACCUUGAGUUUCAGCAGCUGGAGCGCGAGAGCAGCCUGGAGGAGGAGAGAGAGACCAUGAGCCAGCAGCUACAGCAGGAGAGGAGCGAGUACCAAGGCAGCGUGGCUAAGAGGAAGGAAAAAGUGUCUGCUCUAGAAAACCAGGCCAGUCAGCUGGGCCUGCAGGCCUCUCAAGAGUGUGAGCGACUGGCCAAAGACCGGACCCUGUCUCUGCAGAUGCUCCAGAAGGAAAAGGACAGACUGUCUGCUCUGGAGAAGAGGUACCACAGCCUGACUGGAGGAAAGAGUUUCCCUAAGUCCUCCACUGCCAUGAGAGAGCAGGGGGCGCUGUACAUGAGCGAGGCUGUCCUGUUGGAGGAUGUGCGCUCCUGUCGGCCCUCUCUCUCUCGAGCCUCGCGCUCCUACUCUCUCCCUUUCCCUCUGUGUCAGCUGUACCCCAGCAGCCCCACAGAGGAGUAUGUGACAGUGGGACAGUUAAAUCAGAUGUACGGGAUGCCCAAAGUGGAGUCAUCCCCUACCUCUCCGCUUCGCCAGUCUCAACCCCUGCAGUCUGGAGCAGUAGACCCCGCCUACUCGUGCCUCCCCCCUCACCAUGGCUCCUCCCUCUCUCUCUCUGUUGAGGUGUUUCGUUCAAAGUUGGACAGUGACUCGGGACAGCCCCUCCUCAGCUCCAGGUCCGGCUCAGCCUCACCCCUGCUCCACGGGGCGGCCACACUGGGGCGAAACACCAGCUCUAAGAGCCCCCUGCUGGCUGCUAACAGCACUGGCAGUUUGCCCAGGAACCUGGCAGCGACUCUUCAGGACAUCGAGACCAAGAGGCAGCUGGCUCUGCAGCAGAAAGGCCAGCAGGUGAUCGAGGAGCAGCGGCGGCGUCUGGCUGAGCUGAAACAGCGCGCUGCAGCGGAGGCCCAGUGCCAGUGGGAGGCGCUACACGGGUCCCAGCCGCAGCUCCUCAGCCCCUCCUCCCCCUCCUGCUCGCCCCUGCAGUCCUACGGGGUACACCACUCCAUCCUGCACCACCAGCCCGCGGCCCGAGAGCAGCCGUACGAUACGCUCAGCCUGGAGAGCUCCGAUAGUAUGGACACCAGCAUCUCCACGGGCAACAACUCGGCCUGUUCGCCUGACAAUGUGUCCAGCGUUGGAGGACUCGACGCUCUCAAGAUCGAGGAAAUGGAGAAGAUGCUGAAGGAAGCUCAACUUGAAAAAGCCAGACUUAUUGAAUCUCGAGAGCGGGAAUAUCUGGCCCGACGACAGAUGCUGGAGGAGGAGAGGAGGAGGAGAGAAGAGGCAGAGAAAAGACUCCAGGACGAAACUCUCCAUCGGGAACAGCUCAUCGAGAAGGAGGUUAAAAUGAGGUCCAAGAACUUUGCCCAGGCUCGUCCCAUGACCCGAUAUUUACCGAUCAGAAAAGAGGAGUUCGACCUGCGCUCUCACGUGGAGUCAUCCGGACACAACGUCGACACCUGUUUCCACGUCAUCGUCACGGAAAAGAUGUGCAAAGGUUAUCUGGUCAAAAUGGGCGGAAAGAUCAAGUCCUGGAAGAAACGCUGGUUUGUUUUUGAUCGGCUUAAACGGACCUUCUCCUAUUAUGUCGACAAACACGAGACCAAGCUGAAAGGUGUGAUCUACUUCCAGGCCAUCGAAGAGGUUUACUACGACCACCUGCGAAGUGCCACCAAGAGCCCAAACCCUUCGCUGACGUUCUGCGUAAAGACCCACGACAGACUGUACUACAUGGUGGCUCCUUCUGCUGAGGCGAUGCGGAUUUGGAUGGACGUGAUCGUGACGGGGGCAGAGGGCUACACUCAGUUCAUGAACUAAGGGAAAAAAAACUCUGCCACAUCUGUCCCGUGUGACUUCACUUCCUGUUUCCUGUCCCACUGAGGACACAUGCCUUCCUCUAUUCACUGUCAGUACCACAGGUUUUUGAUUUUGAUAUUUCUUUUUUUUUUUUUUUUUUUUGUACGUGAUUCUGUUCGGAUCAAAAAGGGAGACACGCUCAACUCAUGACUGUACAUAAACCAAAUGUAAAGACUCUAAAAGCCUUUCUAUAUUGCCAAAUGGAGAUAUUGUAGUUACUUUUUUGUAUUAUUUUAUCUUUUUUACUUUUAUUCAUCGAUUCAGCCAAAAGACUCAAUGCCAAUGUUUAUUUUAAGUGCUCUAUUGUCACCAUUGCUUUUAGUUUAUCAUACGAAAAGUGAUCGAGAACGACACUUUAGACGACGGCGACUUGUCUGUUACUCGUCUGUGAAGAGUCAACGCACCAAGUGUUCACUUUGUUUCUGACACUACACCACAUGCAGUGUAUCCAGUGUAUUUAUUGUAAAGAUUUCGCUGAAUCCAGGUUCACCAAAUUCAUGUUUUAGAUUCACUACGGCUCAGGAGUUCACACUGCAGCGCUCCAUGUCUUUAAACCAAUAUAAAAGUACCGGUAGCUGCUAAUUUUUAACCACAAAUUGAUUUAAACACCAAGCAUUUUAUUACUACAGCAAAUCAUUUCACAAAUUAGAAAAUCUUUUAUAUGAUUUUCUUGAAUUUGUAUAUUUUUAUAUUGGUUCUUGCAUAUCUCCAGUGUUUAAAUUGUAUUUAAAUGUCGCUAUCUCUGUAUUAGGCCCAUUUGCCAACUCAAAAUGCAUAUCCAUCGCUCUACCACGCGAGCAGUUUUGCCAAGUAGCCUUUUUUAGCUGACUUGACCAUGCCCCUGGACAACAGAUGUCAUCACUGCCACUAGAGGGCGCUACAAUGUCCAACACAGGACCACAGGAGAUAAACUAUACAGUAAAAGGACUAAUGCAACUCAGAACUGUGCCUUGAAACUGUCCAGUGAAUUCAUUACGGGCUUUUGCUUUAAAUCGGUUGGCAACGUGGAUAUUGAACGAGUUUUGAGCCAAACUACGAGUAAUUUGGUUGAAAAUAAUUUAAUUCUACCUUGAGACCCAAGCGCACGUCCAGGGAUUAAACAAACAACUGCAAAACUAAAAUAUUCUUCAUUGUUGAUAGUUAAAAGACCCAUCGAUUUGGACGACAUUACGCUGUGAUUUUUGGCGCAUGUGAAACUGUUGUUUAGUUUCAUGUGUUUUAAAGUAAUUUAUGGUUGUUGUGCCUGAGAUAGUGACAAAAGAGACUAGUGAAGAGAUCUUAAUAUAUAUAUUGCAUCUCCCUUGCCUCUAUUUUGAACGCACCGAUAUCAAAACGUGUGCAAACCAAACUAUGAACACAAGGCAAGGCUGUCUGUACGUAUCUAGUGCUAUUGUUAUCUAUGUGAAAAGAGGAAUAAUAAUAAUAUACUGUAAAGCGGAUGCCUGAAUGAAUAUCUUACUAUAAAAAUGAAAUGAUAUUGUAAAAAAAAAAGUACAAUUUUUAC